AUGACAAGCACUACUGUGAUGGAUCAGAACAAUGAAACCGUCGCUUUUCUCAGGUCUCGAGAGUUUUCCAGCGCUCUUCAAUCUGCCUUGACAGCCUUGAAUUCUCAUCGGACAUCUGCUGCUGCAGCUGCAGAUUGGAUUUCCGACCGUAGCCCAAGCGAUGAGAAUCUUGAUCUCUGUAUCCUUCAAUGCGAAAUGCUACCGGAAAACGGCAGUGAUGUUCCUAAUGAUCGAAAUCAUCAUGCAUUCGUUUUCGCCCACGGCAUUGCAUUCCUUCCUACCAUAGCAACAGAUCUUGAAACUAUCUCUCCUAUUCUCAUCUUCAACGUGGCCCUUGCCUACCACCUCCUGGCUGAUUCGCAGAAUGAAGAUACUUUCGAGUCUCGUCAAACGUUGCGCAAAGCUAGAAAGCUAUACGAGUUGACCUAUAUCCAAGAUGCCACUAGUCACAAUGUUUUGUUUCAGUUCGCCAUAAGAAACAACAUUGCUGCUAUUGAGCAAAAGAUCGGUAGAGUGACGUCCGUCGACGAGUGCACAGAGUAUUUGAAGUCGGUUCAUCGGCUAAUAGACCGAGGAUGCAACUUGAGGAUACGUCAAUUGGAAAGCUUUCUGAUGAGUAUUCCUGCAACAGCCGAGACUGCUGCAGCCGCAUGA